GCAGAAUCUGCAGAAUAAAGGGAGAAGACACAGCAGACGCUUUCAAACCUGAAUCAGCACUCCAGCUGACACUGAGCAGAGUCAACUUCCUCCAUCAUCAUCUUCACGAUCACCAUGAAGAUGCUUGCUGUGUCACUUACACUGUGCACUGUCCUGGCGAUAAGCCAAGCCAUUCCGAUCAACCCCACCAUGUCCUGGGAUAAAGGCCAUUGUUACCAUGAAAGAAUGAAUUGCUCAAACCUCAUUGGAUCAUUCUGCCCUAAGUGUGAUGACAAUGGAAACUUCCUUCCAAGGCAGUGCUCCGGGUCUACCGGGUACUGUUGGUGCGUUGACAUCAUGACUGGAAAGAAGAUACCGAAUACAACAACACCACCUGAUACCCCACCUGUUAACUGCAUGAUAGGGGACUCAGACUGCCCAGACGGCUGGUCUCGAUUCGGUGACCGGUGUUUCAACUAUAUCAGCACCCCAAAGACAUGGACUGAAGCUCAGAUUUUUUGUCAGUUCGAUGGCGGCAACCUGGCAUCCAUUCACAAUUAUGAGGAAAACCACUUUGUCCAGUCUUUGACCAGAGGGGACACCGACAACUUCCCAGAAACCUGGGCUGGUGCCACUAGCGCCGUCCAUCCUGGUUUUUGGAUGUGGAUUGAUGGCUCCAAGUUUUACUAUGAAGACUGGUGCGAUGAUGACGAUCAUGAUGAUACGAGUGAAGAAGACAGCCAUGACAACACAAAUGAAGAAGACAGCCAUGGAAAAUCCAGUAAGAAAGACAGCCAUGAUGAUACAAGUGAGGAAGACAGCCAUGGCAAAUCCAGCAAGAAGGACAGUCAUGACGAUACAAGUGAGGAAGACAGCCAUGAUGAUACAAGUGAACAAGACAGCCAUGGCAAAUCCAGUAAGAAGGACAGCCAUGAUGAUACCAGUGAGCAGGACAGUGAAGAUGAUGAUGACCAUGACAACACCAAGAAGACAGCUAGCAUCUGCAUGAAGAUAAAUUGCCAUUAUAAUCUGAAGUGGUGCACUGCAACCUGCAAUGAUGCCUUCCCAUUUGUUUGUUCGAAAAGGAUCUGAACUCAGACCAGAUGAUGAAAAAACCAAGAGUCUUGACUAUACGCACUACACAUGACAGCCCCACAAAAUUUGUUUCUUACUCUUUUUUGUUUUGUUUUAUGUUUUUAAAUGUAAUCAAUAGGUAUUAAAAACAUCUUUAGGGGUAGUUUUUCUUGUUCAACCAGUUGUUUACUGAAUUUGGUUCAGUUCUAGAUAUAAAUCCAAAUCAUUUGUGCAUGUGAACUUGGAUCAAAUUCUUCUAAUAAUCUAUUUUUGUAUAAUCAAGCAUGUUUCAAUUACUCUAAGUAUAAAAAACAGAAUAAAAACAAAGCAACACAAA